ACUGUUUCACAACCAACCUGCGGGCUCUGGAGAUGUCUUCAGCUUUUUACAGGAUCCCGCAGGCACUAGGACCUGCCUGAAGCCUUUACGCCCGAGACGGCACGGAGGGCUAAAUAUAACCCAGCCCGGCGGGGCGCAGGGCAGCGCAGCCCUUGGCGCUGCUGGCGGGAGCGGCCCGCUCCCCCGUCCCACCACAGCGGGGGCGAGCCGGGAGCUCUGCGGCACCGCCGAUGCUCCAGCUGGGCCAGGUCACCUCCUCGCUGCUCAUCGGCACGGCCAGCGCGGCCUGCCGCCAGGACCUGCUCGCGCGAGAGGGAGUCACCUUCUGCGUUAAUGUCACCAGGCAGCAGCCGUUCCCCGGCCUCCCGCGGGGCCGCGGCCUGCGCGUACCCGUGCUCGACCAUCCGGCUGAAGACCUGUACCGGUAUUUUGAGGAGUGCGGCGCCGCUAUAGAGGAGGCUGUGAAAAGCGGAGGGAAGUGCUUAGUUUACUGCAAAAACGGCCGCAGCCGCUCAGCUGCCAUUUGCACUGCUUAUCUGAUGAGACACCGCCAGCUCCCGCUCAAGGACGCGUUUGAGGCUGUGAAGACUGCCAGACCAGUAGCAAAACCCAACGCAGGAUUUUGGUCUCAGCUGCAGAGAUACGAAGAAGAUUUGCAGCUAGCAAAGCAGCCUGCUCUGCUGAGCAAAGGCCUUAAAAAUAGCAAUGUGUGAAAACGUUUUAAAGAGAGUUUAGUAGCUUGCUACAGAUUUAAAAAUAAAAAUAAUCACUUCAUAUAUCACCCAUACAUAAAAUGCCUUACUCCCCAAACUGAGUUGGUGGUUAAUUAAAUUCACUCAGAGCUUUACCGUUGACGUGCAUGGGAAAGGGCCAGAUAAGCAGGGAGAAACAGCAAAACCACAAAAUGGUUGGAAAGACUGUAAACAAACCAGAGAAAGGCACGUUAUCUUCAGCAUUUACUUCCCUCUGAACGACACUGAAUAUGAUAACAAUGUAUUAAACAAAUGAAUGAGUUCCUCCAUAGGAAUUCUACUCCUGGUUUUUAAUUAAGCUUCCCUGUGACAUCGCUAGAAGACCUGAUGCCAGACCAAGGAAGCUCUGAAUUUCUCUCUCACAUACUGGAUCAUAAUUCAUGUCCAUGAGCUGACACAAGCUUUGGUGGGAAACCAACACUGGAACUGCUUCACCUCUGCCCAAGUUCUGCAUUUUUCUUACAUUCAACUAGCCCAAAAUACCACCACAAACUGCCUAAAAAUCCAGAGGACUGAAUAAGGAGUUCAGCCCCCCUCAGGCACUUUAAGUGCCUUUUCAGCUUUUUCAAUUAUUUCCAAAAUACCACAGAAAUUAUUUUAAAAACAAUAGUUGAUAGUGGAGGGAAGAAGAUGACACCAGCAAUCUAAAAUGAAUCCUAACUCCUUUUAGUUUUACUUACUCAGCCUAACAAGAUCUAUCAGUGCCCAAUUCAUGCCUUAAUGUGUCAGUUUACAAGGCAGUUGUAUUCACAUGCAAGCAACAUGGCUAAAUAAUUUCUGAUAAGAUUUACUACAGGUUGCCCUGUGAAAUUAUCUAUUGGAAUAUCAACGAAGCGGCACGAAACUUCUAAAUCAGAUCACAAUUAUGUUUAUCAUAAGACAUUAAAAGUAGAGAGAAACACCAAGGUAUUCUGUCAAACUAUUAAUACAUUUGUAAUUUAAAAGGGACAAGUUAUGAAACCUGUGAAGCUGCAAUGUGAAAUUCCAUUCCCCAUUGCUCAAAGCAUCGAUACGAAGUAAAGUUAGCUCAUCAUCAUCUGUCUAAGUGCUUACACAAGGCAAACAUACACUCCCAGCAGUGGAGUAGUUGGAGGCAGAAAUUCUAAUGAUGGAAAAAUGAUGGAGAAUAAAGCUACUGGGGAAUUACAUGAGUUAGACAAUUCAGAUGCAGUUCCCAAAGUUAAAGACUGCUCAAAGUUAAAAUAGGAUUAUUUGAAAAGCUGAAACCAUAGAAAUAAAAAUUAAAAAUUGGGGCUACCAUUAUCUUAGUUAUCACAAGGCAUCAUCGCACCAGAUGUUUUCUCCACUCCCAGCUGUGUUUGGUUCAUUCUGUAUCAUUUAUCUCUGGUAUCUGCAUUACAACCAACAAGAAAUUUGUUGCACAUCUGUAGGUUUGGAAGUGAGUGGUAGUUAGGAAAUUUUUUGUAGCUUUUAUAAAUCUUGAUUAUCAUA